AGCGAUGCGUCUUGGCUAGCUUGGUCAGAAUGGUCCAACUGCUCUGAUUCCUGCGGAUCAUGUGGGGUGCACAUGCGAACAAGAACAUGCUUGACUAGAGUGGAGCAGCAAUCAACGACAAUUGAGUACUGCAAUUUAGAGAUAUGCCGAUAUCCAAGGCCCACUUGCUGCUACAACCUGAAGGUACGUACAGCCUACUUCGUAUUCAGAAGAUCCUUGAUUCUUCAAGUCGCUCAUGUAAAUUCUGCCGCAAACACUUUAGAACAACCAUUAGCGAUAGAAGUACCUUGA